UUUAACAAGACCCAUGCAAUAAACGCUCGAUCAGAUUGAACAACACAAACGAAAAAACCCUCUUCCGUCUCUCAAGUCUCAACUUCCUUUCAUCCAUUCAUAUUAUUUUCGUGGUGAGUUCGUAGUUAUAAUUUCGUUCUUACCUUUUCAUGGCUUCUUUUGAUUGGUUCAGUAAUUUAUGUUUUCUGGAUUUCAAAUCAAUCAAUCAAUUUAUGUUUUCUGUAAUUUUAUGUCUUUUGUUUUACCCUGACCACAACCCCAACCCCAACCCCAACCCUUGUUUUGUUAUUGGAAAAUGGAAAGCUGAUGAUAGAAGAAAUUUAGGUAUUGUGAUUUGUGAUGUUCAUCUUCAUGCAUUUCAUGCACCAAACUUCCCAUUCAAUUUGUUUCAAAUACUAUAAUAAUAAUAAUGUCUUGGUUUAAUAUAUAGAUUAUUAAUUCCUGGGAUUUCCUAUUAUUAUUAGUCUGUAUUAUGGAUGGAAAUCCAUGUUUUUCUCUGUGGUCUGAACUGCUUUCAUGGAGUAGUGCAUCUGUCAUGGUUUAAUACAUUGCAUCUGUUUUAUAUGAUUUAUGGAUCCCAUCUUCUUUGCUAUCAAAUCAAUUCUAUUAAUCAUGUCUGUGAUUCUAAACGUUUUUAGUAGAACAAACAAAUAAUCAACCAAAUCCUUUUAAGUUCUGAUGCUUCUUUUAUAUAUGUUAUUAUUAUCUCAAGUGCAGUGCAGUUGGUUGCUUCUAUGGACCCAUCUACGGUGCAGCAGCAGCAGCAGAUGACUGUCAAUCAACCGCCUAGACCCCCAAUCACUUCUAGUAGACCACCGGUGGUGCCAUAUGACCUCAUGUUUCCUUUCUUGAUUCCCCAUCUUCACCUAGCCGCCGAGCUUCAAUUUUUAUUUGCCAAAUAUAAGAUGUGUGUGUGUGUCUCUAACUCCAAUGCUUUCCCCAUAUUACUUACUAAGCUUUUUGUUUUGUCAAUUUUCAUGUCAUUUGUUCUAGAGAUGAAAUACCCAGGCAUACUGUGUUACGAAGUAUGCUACACAUUGUGGGGGGUCAACUGCUUGAGUCAGCAGCAACAAAAGUGGCAGAACAGAAAAGAGCCAACAAAGGUUCUUCUUCUGGCACAUCUCUCUGAAAUUAUGAAUGAUGCUAUGGACCAUUCUCAUAUUACUUCUUCAGCUCUUCAAGUGAAGAGUGAGCCGACCUAUUCAAUUAUGGACAUUAGCCUUAAUAGUUAAUAAUAAAUUUUGAAUAGAUACACUGUAUCCUAUUGUAAGUUUAUCUGGAAUAUUGGGGUACCAGUCAGGUUUCUUUUAUGUUUGGUUAGGGAUGGUGUGUGGGUAGAAGCUAUUCCACAUUGCUUUGGACUUUAUUGAAGCGUAUGGGUCAUGUUAUUAACAUAGCAAGUUGUGAGUUGCCAAUUGUUUUAGGAAUUAAUUCGUUUAGAUAAUGUGCAUAUGCAUCCAAUCCAAUCCAAUCCAGUAACAUUAUCUAUGAUAUGAUUUGAUUGGAUGUCUAUGUAAAAAAGUUUUACUUGUAACCCUUUUAUACCGAAGGUGGUCAAAAGCUAAUGAUUUUUGUUA